AUGUUUCUUCAUCAUGUGAUUGAUAAAAAAACAUCAAAGUUUCUACGACCAAAAACACCCCUUCGUACACCCCUGUUUUAUGGCCUUCCCAAGAUUCAUAAGAUAGACACUCCCUUAAGACCAAUUGUUUCUGGUUGUGACGGACCAAUCGAUAACUUACCGUUCUUUAUCACAGAAUUUACUCAGCCAGUUGCUGAACAAUUACCAGCAUACUUUAAAGACACAAAACAUUUCCUUAAACUCCUUCAAUCUCAUGUACUAGAAACCAACAAUUACAUUCUUGUCACGGCUGAUGUUAUAUCUUUGUAUACAAACAUUCCUCAUCGCGAGGGCAUUGACGCUGUAAAAUUUUAUUUAAAGAGAGCACCGCCAUUUAACGGACCCAUUAAACGCCCACCUAUUGCUUUUAUUGACAUUAUAUUAGAAACAAUCCUAACCCACAGCAACUUUCAAUUUUCGACUGAUCAUUUUUUACAAUUAACAGGUACUACCAUGGGGACACGUAUGGCUCCACCCUAUGCUAAUCUAUUUAUGGGAAGAAUUAACGAGAAAAUAAUUGACCAAUUUUCAAUUUUCAAAAAGCUAUAUGGACAGUUAGAAACAACAAUAUACAAAAAGGCAACUGAUACAACAGCACUAUUGCAUUAUAAUUCAUUCCACCCCCCUCAUCAAAAAAGUAAUUUAAUAUAUAGCCAAGCGUUAAGAUACAAUAAGAUUAUAUCCAACAAUUACAACCUAAUAAAAGAGCUAAAACAAUUAGCACAAAUUUUAGUUAUACGAGGCUACCCUAUUCAAUCUAUUAACAAAGGUUUUAAACAAGCACUGCGACAUACACAACACGAACUUAUCUACAACAAAUAUAAAGAGGAAAGAGAGAAUUUUACCGAUAGUUACAACAUUUGGAAAAGUUGGAAAACUCAUAAAUAA